AUGCCGAUGACUAGCAAAAUCGAAGGCUUGUUCCGCAAGUCCCAGGAGCAAAAAGCCUCUUCAUCUCAAUCUCAAUCUCAACAAAAGAAGAAAUCCUCGGGUUCUGGCGGCGUCACCGGUAUUCCCGAUUGGAAUACGCAGGAGAAGCUUGAGACCACGCUGGAUAAGAAUGGUAAUCCUGUGCCGGAUGCAUUCGCAUUCACGGACGGGCGCAAAAUGGUCAACGGGGCGAAAGGACCGGACGAGGCUGAUGAGUAUGAAGCUGCCACGGCGGACUUUGAUUAG